AUGUGGGCAAUUCAGCAGAUCCGUGGAGUGUCGGUUCUUGCCAUUGUUGAGAGCAUUGGGCUCGCUUUUCUCGCCUAUGUUCUACACAUCAUUGUCUAUCGUGUUUGGUUUCAUCCCCUUGCCAAAUUCCCGGGGCCCUUCUUCGCUAAGAUCACGAAUCUCUACGGUGGGUAUCAUGCGUGGAAGGGGGAUGUGCACAUAAACAUGCUGCAAUGCCACGAAAAAUACGGGGACAUUGUUCGAUAUGCACCGGAUCGGAUCUUGGUCAACACGAACACUGGCUUGAAGGACAUCUAUGCUUUUACGAAGCAAUUCCAAAAAUCCGCCGUCUAUAAGGCAAUGGUUCACCGCGCUCCCAACACUCUGACUCUCAUUGACAAGAAGCAACACGGCCGCAAGCGUCGCACCAUUGGCCAAGGAUUUGGAGACAACGCUCUUCGAGGAUUUCAGGAUGCCAUCAUGGAGCUAGUCAAGUCAUUUUGUGAGGCUCUUGUCCAGGAUACGCCCGCGGGUGACUGGUCCGAGCCCCAAAACAUGGGAAAGUGGUCAAACUACUUGACAUUCGACAUCAUGUCCAAGCUUGUUUUUGGCGAAAGCUUCAACUUGAUCGGAAGCCCCGAGAAUCGAGACAUUGUCCAAUGUAUCGAAGACUCUAAUGUCAGGACUGGUGUUCUGUUACAAGCUAGCGAGCUAUCCACACGUCGGCUGGACCGAAAAUUAUUCCCUCAUGCAAUCAAAGGCCGCAACAAGUUCAUUCGCUUUGUCACCGAUCUGUUGAAGCAGCGAAUGGCUGCCAAAACUUUGAAGAGGAAGGAUGUGUUUUCUUUCUUGCUGGAUGCCAAAGACGCUGAGACCAACCAGGGGUUCACCCCUGCGGAGAUUGGUGCAGAAAGCACAACUCUCAUUGUGGCCGGUUCCGACACCACAUCUACUGCGAUCGCCUCCAUGUUCUUCUACCUUGGCCACUACCCCGACGUCUAUGAGCGAGUGAAGAACGAGGUUCGUAGCGCAUUUGCCAACCCGGAUGAUGUCACUCUCGGGCCAAACUUGACAGACUGUGUGUAUUUGCGAGCCUGCAUCGACGAGAGCUUGCGGAUGUCACCUCCAGCUGGCAGCUCUUUGUGGCGUGAGGUCGCCCAGGACAAUGUUAUCAUUGACGGCCAUGUGAUUCCUCGCGGGUAUGACGUUGGCACCUGCAUCUACGCCAUUCACCAUAACCCCGAAUAUUAUCCGCAACCAUUCGAAUACCGCCCUGAACGUUGGCUCGGGGAACCUGCAGAGGUUCAAGCUGCCCGAUCGGCAUUCACGCCCUUCUCCGUCGGUCCUCGAAGCUGUCUUGGUAAAGGCCUCGCCUUGACUGAGCUCAGCCUCACCAUGGCUUAUUUGUUGUGCAAGUAUGACUUUAGACUUGCUCCUGGAAUGGAGAAAGUGGGGGGUGGUUCGGCCAAGGACGGACCGGGUCGUCAUCGCGAACUGGAAUAUCAGCUUCGAGACCAUGUAACAGCGGCCAAAAACGGGCCGCUGAUCCAGCUUCGUCUGCGACAGUGA